AUGGCAAUUUCUCCUGUUCUCUUCGACGAUCAUCAUACAAGUUCUCUGCCCCUUGUCUCUGACGAGACUUCCACAGCCGAUAAUGGUUUUCAUGCUGUGAAACGGGAUCCUAACUCCUGGGCAGGAUCUCUUCCUGCGAACCAGGGUUUGUACUCCAACGAAAAUGAGAAGGAUUCUUGCGGGGUGGGCUUUAUCUGCCAUAUCAAGGGCGAACAUAGCCACAAAAUCGUCUCUGACGCUCGUCAAUUACUUUGCGCCAUGACGCACAGAGGCGCCACCGGUGCCGAUAGCCGUGACGGUGAUGGUGCCGGUGUCAUGACUGGAAUUCCACAUGAGUUUUUCAAGCACGAAACAGAGCGGAAUAUUGGAUGCACUCUUCCUACACCAGGAGAAUAUGCCGUAGGCAAUGUCUUCUUCAAGGCUAAUGAUCCCUCUCAACUGCAAACCCACCAAUCCGUUUUCGCCAAUAUCGCCAGUCAUCUGGGUCUCCGGGUUUUAGGGUGGCGUGAAGUUCCGACCGAUGGCACUAUCCUUGGUCCUGCCGCAAGUAGCAAGGAACCUGCGAUUUAUCAGCCUUUCAUCGUCUUACGCGACAAUUACGGUGACGGAAUCGCGAGUCAAAACGGACCUUUCGAUGCCAAGCAUUUCGAGCGACAACUGUACGUUUUGCGCAAGCACGCUACGCACACCAUUACGCUCGCCAACGGCUUUUACGUCUGUUCUUUGUCCUCGAAGAACAUCGUGUAUAAAGGACAGCUCACUCCCCCCCAAGUAUACAAUUACUAUCAUGAUCUCAAUCACGUCCUGUAUCGUUCGCAUUUUACUUUGGUGCAUUCUCGAUUUUCGACAAACACGUUUCCUUCUUGGGAUCGAGCUCAGCCAAUGAGAUGGGCUGCUCACAACGGUGAGAUCAACACCGUGCGCGGCAACAAGAACUGGAUGCGAGCUCGAGAAGGUGUACUUUCAUCUACUCAUUUCGGUGACCAGCUCGACCUGCUCUAUCCCAUCAUCGAGACUGGCGGAUCUGACUCUGCCGCAUUUGACAACGUGCUUGAGUUGCUCGUCGUCAAUGGUGUUGUCACGUUACCUGAGGCUGUCAUGAUGCUUAUACCCGAAGCCUGGCAGGGCAACGAGAGCAUGGACGCCCAGAAACGCGCGUUCUAUAAUUGGGCUGCCUGUCUUCAGGAGCCUUGGGACGGUCCUGCCCUAUUCACCUUCAGCGACGGCCGGUACUGUGGUGCGAACCUGGAUCGAAAUGGUCUUAGACCAUGUCGCUACAUCGUCAGUAAUGAUGAUAUCAUGGUCUGCGCUUCCGAGGUUGGCGCAGUGUUCAUUCCGCCUGAGAAAGUAGUUCAGAAGGGACGUUUAAAGCCGGGCCGGAUGCUGUUGGUUGAUACGCUUGAGGGAAGGAUUGUUGACGACAAGGAGUUGAAGCGCAACACUGCCGCUAAACAGAAUUUCGCUUCAUGGGUUGAAAGCCACGUCCUUCAUGUCCCUAAUAUCAUCAAGCGCAUCAUCCGUAGCAACACAUCUCUUGACACAGUCAUCGACGAUUCCCCUCUGAGCAGUGACCCGAAACUUCUUGCUUUCGGCUAUACCGUGGAGCAGCUGAGCCUUCUCAUGCUGCCUAUGGUAGACACUGGCAAAGAAGCGUUGGGUUCCAUGGGCAACGAUGCUCCAUUAGCAGCAAUGGCUACACAGCCUCGUCUCAUUUAUGAUUAUUUCCGCCAACUCUUCGCACAGGUCACCAAUCCUCCAAUCGACUCCAUUCGGGAGAACAUUGUCAUGUCUCUUGAAGCAUACGUCGGCCCCGAGGGCAAUCUCCUGGAAAUGAAGCCAGAGCAAUGCCACCGCAUUCUUUUACCUUCUCCUCUGAUUUCUUUGGAGGAAAUGAACGCCAUGAAGAAUCUGAAGCUUGCCUAUACGGAGUGGCCCUCUAUCACGAUUGAUAUAACGUUCCCCAAAGAAGGGGGGCUCCCAGGAUAUCAACUGGCGUUGCAACGUGUCUGCAGCGAGGCAUCUCAAGCUAUUGAGGAUGGUAUCAAAGUCAUUAUCCUUACCGACCGCGCCACAGGGCCAAACCGUGUACCCCUGUCCGCGUUGGUGGCAUGUGGUGGCGUUCAUCACCACCUGACGCAACAGAAGCAGCGUGCCAAGGUCGCCCUCAUGGUAGAGACCGCGGAGGCUCGUGAAGUUCACCACCUUUGCGUCCUGGUUGGAUAUGGGGCUGAUGCGAUAUGCCCAUGGUUGAUGUUGGAAACGAUUCACAAGGUUGCACGGGAGGGUCUCGUCAAGGGCGAGAAGACUGUGAACGACCUUCUAACCAAUUACCACCAGUCCGUCGAUAAUGGUAUCCUCAAAGUCAUGUCGAAAAUGGGUAUCUCGACGCUUCAGUCGUACAAGGGCGCUCAGAUUUUUGAAGCACUCGGUCUUCAUAGUGAAGUCGUGGACCGCUGCUUUAUUGGCACUGCAUCUCGUGUGCAGGGGGCCACGUUUGACCUACUCGCUGUGGAUGCCUUCGAGCUUCAUGAGCGUGGGUGGCCUUCGCGAGAAACCAUCUUACCUCCAGGAAUGCCUGAAUCCGGAGAGUACCACUGGCGUGAUGGAGGCGAAGCACACAUUAAUGAUCCCGCCGGUAUCGCCAAUCUGCAAGAUGCUGUUCGCGAGAAGAACCAAACCGCCUAUGACGCUUACGCUCGUAAUGCGAACGAGCAGACGAAAAGUGUUCAUCUGCGCGGACUUCUUGACUUCCGCUAUGAAACCGCCACCCCUAUUCCCAUCGAACAAGUUGAGCCUUGGAACGAAAUCGUUCGCAGGUUCGUUACAGGUGCCAUGUCAUAUGGAUCAAUCUCCAUGGAGGCCCACUCUACGCUUGCUGUUGCGAUGAACCGUCUCGGCGGCAAGUCGAACACCGGUGAGGGUGGUGAGGAUGCAGAGCGCUCUCUGUUACUCCCAAAUGGUGACACUAUGCGUUCCGCUAUCAAGCAAGUGGCAUCUGGUCGUUUCGGCGUCACUGCUAAUUACCUAGCGGACGCCGACGAGCUCCAAAUUAAGAUGGCUCAAGGUGCUAAGCCGGGCGAAGGCGGUGAACUUCCAGGACACAAGGUCUCUACCUCCAUUGCUCGCACUCGUCAUUCUACCGCCGGCGUUGGGCUUAUCUCUCCCCCACCCCACCAUGACAUUUAUUCCAUCGAGGAUCUGAAACAGCUCAUCUAUGACUUAAAGUGCUCUAACCCCCGUGCGCGCGUCUCUGUGAAACUCGUUUCCGAGGUUGGCGUUGGCAUUGUCGCGAGCGGUGUCGCAAAGGCAAAGGCAGAUCACAUUCUUAUUUCUGGUCACGACGGCGGUACUGGUGCAUCGCGCUGGACUGGUAUCAAGUACGCUGGACUGCCGUGGGAGCUUGGCCUCGCAGAGACACACCAGACGCUAGUCUUGAACGACCUCCGUGGUCGCGUCACCGUCCAGACUGAUGGCCAGAUUCGUACCGGUCGUGACAUUGCUAUCGCAUGUCUACUUGGUGCUGAGGAAUGGGGCUUCGCUACCACGCCACUUAUCGCCAUGGGAUUGUAUUAUGAUGCGCAAAUGUCACUUGAACACUUGCCCGGUUGCAAAUUUGCGGGACAGCCGGAGCAAGUCAUCAACUUCUUUUAUUAUCUCGCCGAGGAGCUUCGUGGUUACAUGGCCAAGCUCGGUUUCCGCACGAUCAACGAGAUGGUUGGUCGUGCUGAUAUGCUCAAGGUUGAUGAGAAGCUGCGCACCAUCAAGACUACCCACCUCGACCUAUCCGCCGUUUUGAAGCCUGCCUGGCAGAUGCGGCCUGGCGCUGCAACGUACCGCGUUCGUCAGCAAGAUCACAAGCUGUACAUUCGCCUCGACAACAAGUUUAUCGACGAGUCCGAGCCAGCUCUUACCAAGGGACUUCCGGUUCAUAUCGAAUGCGACGUCACAAACACUGACCGUGCCCUCGGCACGUCGUUAUCGCAUCGCGUCUCUAAACUAUAUGGCGAAGAAGGUUUACCGAAGGAUACUAUCCAUAUUCUCAUGCGCGGUUCAGCAGGACAGUCUUGCGGUGCUUUCCUUGCUCCCGGUAUCACAAUUGAACUGGAAGGUGAUGCUAACGACUAUGUCGGAAAAGGCCUGUCUGGUGGGCGUCUCAUCGUUUACCCCCCUAAGCAGUCGACCUUCAAGGCAGAAGAGAACAUCAUCAUUGGCAAUGUUUGCUUGUACGGCGCUACGUCAGGCGAAGCUUUCAUCCGAGGUGUGGCUGCCGAACGUUUUGCUGUGCGCAACUCAGGUGCAAACGCUGUCGUUGAAGGCACGGGUGAUCAUGGAUGCGAAUAUAUGACCGGCGGGCGCGUUGUGGUCCUAGGAACUACUGGGCGCAAUUUCGCUGCUGGAAUGAGUGGUGGCAUUGCAUACGUGCUCGAUACCGCUCACACUUUCUCGUCGAAGGUCAAUAUGGAGAUGGUGGAGCUUGGCAAGGUCAGCGACCCACGUGAAAUAGCCGCAUUACGUGGCCUCAUUGAGGACCAUCGUCACUACACCGGCUCUGAGGUUGCUGAUCGCGUCCUCCAUGACUUCCACCAUUUGCUCCCGCUUUUUGUUCGCGUCAUGCCACUCGACUACAAGCGUGUCCUGGAAGAGCAGGCUGCAAAAGAAAAGGAGGAGAAGAUGAGGCUCAGUGUUAUCGACUUGGUCCCAUCUCGCACCGCUAGUCAAGUUGAUCUUGCGUCGGAGGGCCUAGAAGACAUCCUGCUUCCGAAGGAACCAGCAACGAUCCACGCUCCCCCCAAACGCCACGAGCCUGCUGUCGCAGAUCUGGAGGAUUCCACAGUUGAUGACUCGACCACGAAACAGCGUCUUCACAAGUUGGACAAAGCUCGAGGGUUCAUGAAGUAUCACCGGUUAAAUGAGGCAUACAGACCCCCUCGAAAGCGCGUCAAAGACUGGAAAGAGAUCUCGAUCCGGUUGACCGAGAGCGAGUUGAAGUAUCAAUCAGCUCGAUGCAUGGAUUGUGGUGUUCCAUUCUGUCAGUCUGACACGGGAUGCCCAAUCUCAAACAUCAUUCCCAAGUGGAACGAUCUCGUGUUCAAGGGUCAGUGGCGCGAUGCCCUUAACCGGCUACUUAUGACGAACAACUUCCCUGAGUUCACUGGUCGUGUCUGUCCUGCACCCUGCGAAGGCGCAUGUGUGCUAGGUAUCAACGAGCAACCUGUUGGUAUCAAGAGCAUCGAGUGCGCCAUCAUUGACAAAGGCUUCGAAAUGGGCUGGAUGACUCCUAAUCCCCCGAGCUUCUGCACUGGGAAGCGAGUCGCGAUCAUUGGCUCCGGUCCUGCUGGUCUAGCAUGUGCUGAUCAGCUUAACAAAGCAGGGUAUCUUGUCACUGUAUAUGACCGCAACGAUCGCAUGGGUGGUCUUCUCAUGUAUGGUAUUCCGAACAUGAAGCUCGACAAGACAAUCGUACAGCGCCGCUUGGACUUGAUGGAAGCUGAGGGAAUUACCUUCGUACCUAACGCUCAUGUCGGAGUCAAUGUUGAUGCUACCACUCUCCGAGCAGAGAACGAUGCGGUUGUUGUGUGCACGGGAGCAACGUGGCCUCGCGAUCUCAAUAUUCCCAACCGCAAUGUAGACGGCAUUCAUUUUGCCAUGGAAUUCCUUCAGCUCAACACUAAGUCUCUCCUGGACUCAGAGCUGCAGGAUGGGUCCUACAUUAAUGCGAGGGGUAAAGACGUUAUUGUUAUUGGUGGUGGUGACACCGGUAACGACUGCAUCGGUACAUCCAUGCGGCAUGGCGCACAGUCCGUGACAAACUUUGAGCUUUUACCCAAGCCUCCAGGAUCACGAGGCAGAGAUAACCCUUGGCCACAAUGGCCUAGAAUCUUCCGGGCCGACUAUGGACAUACCGAAGUUGCUGCGCACUUUGGCAAUGAUCCACGGGAAUACUCUAUUUCCACAAAGGAAUUUGUUCUCGAUGAUGCAGGGAAGCUCAAGGGCCUGAACACUGUCCGAGUUGAGUGGACCAAGGACAGUGGUGGGCGGUGGAAGAUGGAGGAGGUACCUGGCUCUGGAAGGUUUUUCCCUGCGCAACUAGUCUUCCUAGCUCUUGGCUUCCUGGGACCGCAGUCACAAGCCCCCAACGCUCUGGGUAUUAAGCAGGAUGCCAGAUCAAACGUCCAGACCCCUCCAAAGAAAUACUCGACAAAUGUCGAGGGUGUCUUUGCGGCCGGUGACUGUCGCCGUGGUCAAUCGUUGAUUGUGUGGGGCAUAAAUGAGGGACGUGGCGCUGCCGCCGAGGUUGAUGCUUGGUUGAGCGGAGGAUCCACACGCUUACCUAGUGCCGGUGGUAUUAAAACUAGGACUUUCGCGCCUCCUCCCAGCAAUGUCACUGUUGAUGUGUCAGCUUGA